UUUUGUCAGAAUAAAGAGAGAAUACCGAAUGUUUGCUUCUCUCUUCUAUAUUUAGACUCCACUCAAUCCCAAAAUCCACCCUCCAUUACAAUUCCUCCGCCUCUCACACUCAGCCAGAGCCAUAUCCGUAUAUCACAGAGCUUUAGAGAGUUUCAUUAGACUGAGAAAACCCACAUAAGAAAAUGCCUUCGUAUUCAUCGCCAAGUCCAUCACUUGUCUCUGUAAUAAUCUUUCUAUGUAUCUUUUCUUCGUACUUAAACCCAGCUGAAUCAGAUGCCAGAACCGAUUCAUUCAUCUACGGUGGAUGUUCACAAGCAAAAUAUUCACCAAAUUCAGUGUACGAGUCAAACAUCAACUCACUACUCACUUCCCUAGUUAACUCAGCUACUUACUCAACCUAUAACAAUUUCACGAUCAUGGGUAGUUCAUCAGCAGACACUGCUUAUGGUUUAUACCAAUGCAGAGGUGAUUUAUCCAUGCCGGAUUGUACUAACUGUGUAGCUCGAGCAGUGAGUCAAAUCGGUACUCUUUGUUCUAACGCAUACGGUGGUGCUUUAGAACUGCAAGGCUGUUUUGUUAAAUAUGAUAAUACUAAGUUCUUAGGUGUUGAGGAUAAGACGGUUGUGUUGAAAAAAUGUGGACCGGCGACUGGUUAUGAUACUGAUGCGUUAGGCCGUAGAGAUGCGCUGUUGGCCGGGUUAGGUUCCGGGGGUGGACCUUACAGAGUUGGUGGUUCUGGUAAAAUCCAAGGGAUGGCUCAGUGUACUGGUGAUUUGAGCAUGUCAGAGUGUCAAGAUUGUUUGGGUUCUGCUAUCCAAGAGCUGAAAAGUAAUUGCGGCACGGCGAUUUCCGGUGAUAUGUUUUUGGCUAAAUGUUAUGUCAGGUAUUCAGCUGGUGGUGUUGAUGACCAGUAUAGAGGAGGCGGAUCUUCUUCAAGUAGUGGUGGUUCGGGGCACUCUUCGUCCGAUGAUGCAGAAAAAGCGCUCGCCAUAACCGUUGGUCUGCUAGCCGGGGUGGCUGUUUUGAUAGUUUUUGCUGCUUUCUUAAGAAAAGCUUUUGGUGGAAAAGGCAAAUAAGCUCUUGGGAGGGAAAUCCAUUUGUUCCUGCCCACUCUGCUGCCUUUGAUUAUGGUUCUUUUUCUCUAAUUUUUCACAACUUUUCUUCCUUUUUUCCACUUUAUCUUUCUAAGACUCCCUUUACAUCUCCCUUAAAAGGGACUUAAAGGCAUGUCAAAAGAUGUGAGGAGAAAAAUUUAUGGAAAGAAGUGAUUAAGAAAGUUAAAGAGAAAAAGGUAAGAAAAGCAUCAAAAAAAAGGGCCCGUGGUAAGAUUCCCCACAUAUACAUCCAUUGAUAUCCAAUUGAACAAAAUUAAGUUGUAGUCUAAUUCUACGAAGAUAAUGCAAAAUCUGUUGCACAUUCUUUUUCUGAAGGUGUGAUUGUGUAUGCCGGCAUUUUGUUAAAGUAAAAGGUUGUUGUUCUAUAUAAAGGCUGUGGAUUUGACCUAUUUUUUAAUGUAAUGACCUUUUCAAAUUGUUAUUUGUUUAUAGAGAUUAGGCUAGCGAUAUCUUGAUUUAGAUUUGGUGCAAGUAGAAUGACUUGGAUGGGUCUCUUAAGUAUUUAUCUGAAUUUCUCUAUUUUCUAUUC